AUGGAUUUCUCCACCAACGUUGGUGAAACCGGCGUUUUCACCAACUCUUCUGCCCACCAACAGUUCCAGGCCAAGAUGUUUAGUUCUAUGGACUAUUCCCCAACCACCGCUGCUACUGCUGCCGCUGCCAUAUCCAUGGGACAACAUCGAUGCUUCGUGGAAGAGAUGAGCUAUUCCACUGACAAUGGUAGUGGUAGCAGCAAUAGCAGUGGCAGUAACGUUGCUGAGGCCAAACGCCCUAGCUAUCAGCCCAACGGAGGAUCUAUAAAGGCUGCAUCGGGAGACCUACUGCGGACAGCGAUGCCCUCUGUUGGUAGGGGUUAUGGGGCGAUUAUGGACGGUCAGGAAGGCUACGUCCCAACUAGUGGUGGUGGUAGGCGAGAAAGAAGGGAUGCUGACAGUGAUGGAGGUUUAUCUCAUGUGUCCAAGAGGGGGAAGUGUCCCAAAGGCACGUCGGAAGAUUCUUCUGCUCGGUCGUCUUCUAUGAUUGGAGGUCAAAUGACCUUUCAGGAGUUGACUACUAUGCAUGGCAAACCCAUGGACUUUGCUAUAAGAGGGCAGACUUCUCAAGUGAGUCUCAUUCUAUCGUUGUGA